AUGAGGUCUGCGGUCCAGGAGGAAUGUCAGCGGGGAAAGGACAAGGACGGGGAUAGGGAGGGGGCUGGGGGCGCCCCCGAGGAGAUGCCUGUGGACAGGAUCCUGGAGGCAGAGCUUGCUGUGGAACAGAAGAGUUACCAGGGUACUGAGGGUCCUGGGGGAACCGGGGGUAGCGGCAGCAGCCCCAGUGACCCUGUGACUAACGUCAGUCAGACAACUGACAAACAGCUCAUCAUACUUGUUGAGUGGGCAAAGAGGAUCCCACACUUUUCCUCGUUACCUCUGGAUGACCAGGUCAUUUUGCUACGGGCAGGCUGGAACGAGCUCCUCAUUGCCUCCUUCUCCCACCGAUCCAUUGAUAUCCGAGAUGGCAUCCUCCUCACCACAGGUCUUCAAGUGCAACGCAACUCAGCCCAGGCCGCAGCCCUGGGAGCCAUCUUUGACCGGUCCCUGUCCAGGGUGCUGACAGAGUUAGUGGCCAAAAUGCGGGACAUGAAGAUGGAUAAGACAGAGCUUGGAUGUCUGAGGGCAAUCAUUCUCUUCAAUCCAGAUGCCAAGGGCCUCUCCAACCCCAGUGAGGUUGAGGUCCUGCGGGAGAAAGUGUACGCGUCGCUGGAGACCUACUGCAAACAGAAGUACCCUGAGCAGCAGGGACGGUUUGCCAAAUUGCUGCUCCGACUGCCUGCCCUGAGAUCCAUUGGCCUCAAGUGUCUAGAGCAUCUGUUUUUCUUCAAGCUCAUUGGCAACACCCCCAUUGACACCUUCCUCAUGGAGAUGCUUGAAGCUCCCCACCAUCUAGCCUGA